GCGGCGGGCGGAGGAGAGGAGAGGAGAGGAGGCGGGGAGGGGACGGCGCGGCGGGAUGGAGGGGCUCAUCCCGCUCGUCAACCGGCUGCAGGACGCCUUCGCGGCGCUGGGCCAGAGCUGCCUGCUCGACCUGCCGCAGAUCGCGGUGGUGGGCGGGCAGAGCGCCGGCAAGAGCUCCGUGCUGGAGAACUGCGUCUCCAGGGAUUUUCUUCCACGAGGUUCUGGAAUUGUAACAAGACGACCAUUGGUCCUGCAACUCAUCACUGCCAAAACAGAGUAUGCUGAAUUUCUACACUGCAAAGGGAGGAAGUUUACUGAUUUUGACGAAGUUCGUCAGGAAAUUGAAGUAGAAACAGAUAGAAUAACAGGAGUGAACAAAGGCAUUUCUUCAAUUCCUAUCAAUUUAAGGAUAUAUUCUCCACAUGUAUUAAGCCUGACUCUUAUUGAUUUGCCGGGAAUCACUAAAGUGCCAGUAGGGGAUCAGCCUCCAGAUAUUGAGCAACAGAUCAGAGACAUGAUAAUGCAGUUCAUCUCUCGAGAAAACUGUCUGAUACUGGCUGUGACUCCAGCUAACACUGAUCUGGCCAACUCAGAUGCACUGAAGUUAGCUAAGGAAGUAGACCCUCAAGGCCUUAGGACCAUUGGUGUGAUCACAAAAUUGGAUCUGAUGGAUGAAGGAACAGAUGCAAGAGAAAUUCUAGAGAACAAACUACUCCCUCUUCGUAGAGGUUAUAUUGGUGUUGUAAACAGAAGCCAGAAAGACAUUGAUGGGAAGAAGGACAUAAAGGCAGCUCUUCUAGCAGAAAGGAAAUUCUUCCUUUCUCACCCAGCGUAUAGGCACAUGGCAGAUCGGAUGGGAACACCUUAUCUCCAAAAAGUUCUAAACCAGCAACUUACCAAUCAUAUUCGGGAUACCCUGCCAGCCUUCAGAAGCAAACUCCAGAGCCAGCUGCUUUCCAUAGAACAUGAAGUAGAGGUAUACAAAAACUUCAGACCAGAAGAUCCAACCAGAAAAACGAAAGCCCUGUUGCAGAUGGUACAACAGUUUUCAGUGGACUUUGAAAAAAGAAUCGAAGGAUCAGGAGAUCAGGUUGAUACACUAGAACUUUCAGGAGGUGCCAAAAUCAAUCGUAUUUUCCAUGAACGUUUCCCUUUUGAACUAGUGAAGAUGGAAUUCAAUGAAAAGGAACUGCGGAGAGAAAUAAGUUAUGCCAUCAAGAACAUACAUGGUAUCAGAACAGGUUUGUUUACUCCAGAUAUGGCGUUUGAAGCCAUUGUUAAAAAACAGAUAGUCAAGCUGAAAGGACCUUGCUUAAAAAGUGUGGAUCUGGUGAUGCAAGAGUUAAUCAACACUGUCAAGAAGUGCACUAAAAAGUUGGCAACAUAUCCAAGGUUGUGUGAGGAAACAGAAAGAAUUGUUGCCGGCUACAUUCGUGAAAGAGAAGAGAAGACCAAGGAUCAGGUGCUGCUGCUGAUUGAUAUCCAGGUUUCUUACAUCAACACCAACCACGAAGACUUCAUUGGCUUUGCAAAUGCCCAACAAAGAAGCAGUCAGGUUAACAAAAGUGCAGUGGGAAAUCAGGGAACCAAUCUACCGCCUUCAAGGCAAAUUGUCAUCCGGAAAGGCUGGCUGACCAUCAACAAUAUUGGCAUCAUGAAAGGAGGAUCCAAGGAAUACUGGUUCGUUCUAACUGCAGAAAGCUUGUCCUGGUAUAAAGAUGAUGAGGAAAAAGAGAAGAAGUAUAUGCUUCCUUUGGACAAUUUGAAAGUACGAGAUGUUGAAAAGAGCUUCAUGUCUAGCAAACAUAUCUUUGCAUUGUUUAACACAGAACAGAGGAAUGUUUACAAGGAUUACCGUUUCCUUGAGCUAGCCUGUGACUCCCAAGAGGAGGUGGAUAGCUGGAAGGCAUCUCUGCUACGAGCCGGUGUCUAUCCUGAUAAAUCCUCAACUGAAAACGAUGAGAAUGGCCAAGCAGACAAUUUUUCAAUGGACCCCCAGCUGGAGAGACAGGUGGAGACAAUUCGAAAUCUUGUGGACUCCUACAUGUCUAUUAUCAACAAAUGUAUCCGAGAUUUGAUACCAAAAACAAUCAUGCAUCUUAUGAUCAAUAAUGUAAAAGAAUUUAUCAACGCAGAACUCCUGGCUCACUUGUAUUCUUCUGAGGACCAAAACACUCUGAUGGAGGAGUCAGCCGAACAGGCGCAGAGGCGAGAUGAAAUGCUCCGCAUGUACCAAGCACUAAAGGAAGCCCUAGCAAUCAUUGGCGAUAUUAGCACUAGCACUGUCUCAACCCCUGCACCCCCUCCCGUAGAUGACUCUUGGCUUCAGCAGGCCCGCAGAUCACCUCCUCCAAGUCCCUCAACUCAGAGGAGACCUACAUUAAACAAUCCCCCAACCAGACCUUUACCUGGCCGAGGACCUGCUCCUGCAAUCCCAUCCCCAGGCCCUCAGUCGGGGGCUCCCCCGGUCCCGUUCCGCCCAGGACCCCUGCCUCUGUUUCCGAGUGGCGGUGAAGCCCUUGGAGGACCUCCCCAGGUUCCCUCACGGCCGACGCGGGCUCCUCCCAGCGUCCCAAGUCGAAGACCACCUCCUUCACCUACUCGGCCCACUGUAAUUCGUCCAUUAGAUUCAUCCCUGUUAGACUAAAAGAAGCUUCUGGCAUGUCAUUCAUUGUUAACCAAAUAUGUGGAAACAAAUUGCUUGAUAACUGUUGCAAUAACCAAUGUAUAGUCGCAUGUAUGGACAUCUAUAGGCAAGUAACCAAUUUUACUGAUAUACUCUCUGUCCAUUCUGCAUUGUUUAUGAUGUCUUAAAUGUUUUGGGAAGGUCUGUGCUGCCUUGACUUUUCCUUUUGCAAUAGCUGAUGUUAGCUAACUUACUGACACGUCUUCACCCAGGCAACUGUGCUCAUAGUCCUGUACAGCAAAUGGAGGGCUUGACUUUGUGUGUGUUUGUGCACGUGUUGAUUUGAUCUGCUGCUUUUUUUCCUCUUAUCUGAAAGGAAUCUUGCUUUUAUUUGUACCUUUCAGGUUUUCUGUCGUUUGGAAUUAUACAGUUACGCCCAUUUUCUCUUUUAAUGGCUAAACUGGGCAAAGAAAAACAAUGUGAGUUCUUACCAAGCUCUUCUGAAGGCCCCACGCUUCCAUGUCUCUCUUGCAAGAAGCUUGCUGGUUGGCUGCUUCUCCUAUAAUUUCUCCUUAUCCAAAGUCUAGUUUUUAUGGAAUGCUGUUAAACAAGAAGUGUGUGUAUGGGAUAAUGCGUGUUUUACUUUAUUUCCACAUUUUGGCAGCUGACAUGCAAAGUUGGUUGGGUGGUUGGUAACGACCAGGCUGUGGUGUCCCAGCUUGCAGGGCUCAGCGUGGAGCCAUCUCACCCUGCAGCAAGGAUGUGAAAGGGCAGUUGGAAGAGCCAGUACACGACAGAGCAGCGUGUGCCAGCUCGCUUUGUCCUCUGCUGGUGCUUGCUCACAUUCGCACUCCCACUGAACUCAUGGGAAGCCUUGGGUGUAUGUGACUGCAUGUAAUACGUAUAAAUGUACUGCGUGGCGGGAUCCAGAGCACCGACCGUUGCUUUUGGUCAUUUUGUGAAACAGAAGGAGAUGUAGAUACAGAUAUAGAUAUAUGCACAGCUGUGAAUGGGCUACCGCUCCUCUGCCCACUGUGUGAGCCAAUUCACAGAGCUAUGGCCUAGAUUUACAUCUGAGCUUUCUACGGGUCUGGUUUGGAUUUGAGAUAUUUGCUCACACCAGUCAAUAAAGUUCCACUAUGCCCCCUAUAUAAAGAUUUUCUCUUUGCAUCACUUGAAGUCCUGCACACCUCGGAUUAGGGUCACUUUAUCCAACUAGGUACUGAGAAGUGCUCAGCUGUUUAUCCUGGCAAUGGAUUAUUUUAGCAGAUGUUCACUUGCAGAGGUCCUCUCUGCCUGUUGUUUUGCACGUUAUAUAUUAAUGCGUUAUAAAAACCUUUUGUCUUAAUUGCAUUACUUCACCUUAAACACUUAGGGUCAGUGUCAGCCUUAUAGCUUCAAACUUACUGAGUUAACAGAAUUAAACUAGAGAUGAAUUUGGCCUUGUUUCUUCAGAAAAUAUUAAUUGCUGUUAUUACAAUUAUGGUUACAGAUCCCUAGGCAAAGCAAUUGGUGGUUUCAAAGGCCCUCAGUAUAAUCAGUCUAAUAAAUUCACUUAUUGAGACUGCAUGUAGGGCACCAGUAUGCUGUAGCCCCAUGGUUAGGAAAAAUCCAAUCAAAGAGCCACAAUAAAUGGGGAUUUAGCCCGUUAAGUAUUCCCAGACUGCUGAUUAGUUGUGCUCACCACUGAAGCAAAUCGUGUUUCAGCUUGCGUAAGAGAGACGAGCUUGGGAAAGCAUCAUGAUUUGUAUGUUAGCUUAACUUUAAUUUCCUGUCAACCUUAUACUUGUGAUACACACCUGGGGAGUCUAGAGGUCAAAUUCUGAAGCACAGUGAAGACGGAGUUUGUCAGAGCACCGGCAUCUUGGUGAUCUCAGAAGACUGCUUAAGUGGCCAGUGUUUGUUUGGAGAACAGGCUCAGAUCUCCAACACCAAGUACACAGGACCAGCUUUCAAGGAAAAAAAAAAGGUUGCAAACCCAACUACAGUCAUAUUGAUUUUUACUACAAAAAAAGAAAACAUAUUUUGAUGAUUUUUCUUGUGUUCUACACAGUUUUCCACUGUGUAGUGCUCUCUGCUGUAACAUGCAGUGCAUCUAUUAGAUGUAUUUUUAUAAAUAGCUAUAGUAGUCCAUGCUGUUGCCUAGCCAGCAAACCUGUAUAUAGUUUAUCAGAACCUCCGUUACUGACUGGCAGCUGCCUGCUGAUGGAAAGCCAGGCGUAGCGCUUCAGCCACAGAAGGCCAAUUUAACCCCAAAUUUUGAUAUUCAUUCAGUGAUACUGCAAGGCCAUGGUCUGGGUUUAUCCCACUAUACCCCAAGCACUCGACUUAGUUGUCCAAGGUCCCCUUUGUUCAGUGGAAAGAGGCAGCACCUCCAGAAGGCGAUUCAGACCGGUGUGGCUGCAUCAGAGACAAGGGUGGUAAUGCCGGUAAAUUAGGAGCCUCAAUUAGAUGACAUAGAUCCUGGCCUAAAAACAUGUUUUUAAAUCCUCUGUACUUGAGAGUCCUUAAUUUACUUUAAUGACUGUUUCUGUCAAGCAUAAGGAAGUAGGUAGAACAAUUCAGCACUGUCCUUAACUGUGUCCCCCAAGAAAUUGUAUUUCUCAGCAGUAAUCCUGAAUUGUAAAUGAAGCUCUCAAGGGUGGAUUUACCCGAAAGACGAGGAGGAGGAGGCAGUGAGGCGCCUGUGGCCCCACUGUCAGCACCAUCUGGUUCUGCGCUCAAUGUUGAGGUCGUGGGACACAGCUGCACAGCCCCCCUUCCUCUGCAUCCUCAUUCAGAUCACAUCUAAAUCUGGCCCUGUGCCCUAAAUGCAACACUUUUAGGUGUGCAGGUUAAUAAUUAACCUUGACCACAGAACCAGAGUUUGAUGGCUUUACCUCUAACUUCUUGCAUAUACGCUUUUCAGAAUAAACUACGUAGAAUUGAUGUUUCUGGGAAAAAUGCUAAGUGCUUCCCAAGAAAUUGCCACAUCCAAUUGAGUAAGUACUGUCCUCCCAACCUCAGCCCGUUUCCUCCUGCUGUACAGCGCCUGGAACGGGUUUAUCCCGCUUGCUCCUGAUGCUGGCGAGUCGUGUCUCUCCCGUCCUUUGUUCUCAAAGGAGCAGCCUUGACAGCAGCUCGCUCCGUGCCUGAAGGACAGCAGGACAAG